AUGUCCGCCAACAGGGAUGUGCUCGCUAAGCAUGUCGAGAGGCAUCAACCUCUUCCCCAAGCCGCCACGUCCUCGCUUUCCCGGUCUCAACAUUCUCGAAGCAACAAAGAUCAGCAUCAAUCGCGUGCCACUCCCUCUUCUUCCGUUUCCGCUUCCGCCUCUGACCCUUCCGCCGCGUCGCCCACGCUCGGCGCGCUUCACAGGCUCCUCCCAUCCGGAGCCGUUCCCGCCGGAUCCUCCGACGACCGCGCUUUAUCGUCCAUACCGCCGCUUACCACCACCGCAAGUCCCGUAGACCUGCGGGACCGCGACGGCGGCGGAAGAGGCGGCGUUUCGCGAACCGGAUCUUUCGGUCUUAGUGGUACUGGUGCCUUCCGUGCGGCUGGCGCAGGCGCUGGCGGUGGCGCCGCGGAUGCGUACACGUGGCAGACGGUGGAUAGCGGCGUCGCGGGCAGCUUAGAGUAUCGCAUGCGCUUUAAAGACCGCCUCGGGCGCACGUGCUCCCCCUGGCACCACAUUCCUCUCAAUACCCGCAACGGUCACGUGCACGUGGUUUGCACGACGCCUAAGAAAUCCUGGGCGCGCUUCGAAGUCGCAGCGGAUGAAGUUUUUUCCCCCCUGAGGCUUGCGCGCAAAUCGUUAGGGGAAGGAGCGGGCGUCGGGGGAGCGGAAGCCGCGUGGGGGGGAGGAAGCGGCGCAGGGAUUGGCGGAGGGAUCGGCGGAGGCGCGGAGGGCGCGGGGAGAGUUUCUUCCGCCGUGGUUCCGCUGCACUACGCGUCGAACUGCCCGUGGAACGUAGUGAUGCUGCCGCAGACGUGGGCGGAUCCGCAGCUGCCGAAUCUGGACUAUCUAGGGUUGCGCUACGAUGGGCGGCCGUUGGAAAUGGUGGAGCUCGGGCGCAAGGCGCGCAAGAGAGGACAGGUGCGCGCGGCCCUUGGCGGCUCUUCUGCCAUCCUCUCUUCUCGCACGUCGCCUUUCUCUUCGCCAUCCUCUCUUCUCGCACGUCGCCUUUCUCUUCGCCAUCCCGUUUCACCCACGUCCGCCUCGCCCUCCCCUCUCCUCAAGUUCCCCUCGACCGUCUUUCUUCCCACGCCCACGUCACCCCGUCUCUCUCGCACCCCUCUCGAUUCAGAAUCUACUUCCCCCAUCCCCUCCCAACAGGUAUACGCGGUGAAGGUGGUAUCUGCGUUCGCGCUCGUGGACCUGCCGACCAUGCGCCUUUCCUGGAAGCUUCUGGGCAUGGCGGUGAGCGACAGGCGCGCACGGCGAGUGACCGACGCGGGGGACGUGCACCGCGUGAUGCCCGGGACGCUAGAAGAGGUGCGCGAGUGGCUGCGGCAGAGCGAGCGCGUGCGCGCGCAUGACCGCGAGUGGGUGUUCGGGCUGAACGAGCGCGCGGGGGACGCGUUCCUCGCGGGGAAGCUCGUGGCGGAGGCGCACGCCGCCUGGCAGCGCCUCGUGGCGCGGGUUCCGCCGCGCACCCCCGCGUUUUUGAAGGGGGAGGAGAGGGGAAGGGGAGCGGAGGGCAGGAGGGAAGGGAAGGGGGAAGGGCAGGAGGUGGGGAGCGGGCAAGUGAAGGGGAACGGGGACGGGGAUGGGCAGGAACAGGAGAGAGGCGAUGGUGCUGCUACUACUGGUUCUGACACCAGGCAUGGCUCAAACAAGCUUGGCCUUUCCAGUCCCCUUCACACCCCCCCGCACACUCCCACUCACCCGCACCCCCCUCCCUCUACCCCCCCUCACUCCUCCAUCUCUGGUACCUCCACCCCCUCACACAUAGCCACUCCUCCCUGCGCAUCCUCCUCCUCCGCCACACCUCCGCGCCUGUAUCAUAGUGACUCUGACGCGUCUUCCCAGUCAGCUGGCACAGGGCAUGAGUCAGCUUUCACAUCAGCUGGUGCUGCUGCUAGUGGUGGUGGUGGUGCUGGUGGUGGUGCUGGUGCUGCUGGUGCCGGUAGCAGCGGUAGCAGCAGCAGCAGCAGUGGGGUUGAGGAGCGGGCAUUGCAGGCUGAUGUGAUUCCACUGCGUGACCCCAGAGCGAAGCUGCUGGUGCGGGCCAUGAUACGACCUGAGGCCACUAAGAGUGUGCUUGCUUUCAAUGGAUCGGAUGAUGAAGGGGAGGAGGAGGAUGAUGGGGAAGAUGGGGACGAGGGUGAGGAGUGUGAGGAAGGAGGAGAGGGUGAGAGGGGCGAGGAGAGUAAGGGAGAGGAAGAGGAGGGUGAAGAGGGAAGGCUGGGGAGGGGUGAACGGACAAGGGGGAAGGAGCACGGGCACAGGAACACUGGUGGUGGCAGUGAUAGUGCUGAUGAUGCUGCUGGUUGUGAUGGUACUGCUGCUGGUACAUCCAGUGGGGGUAGGGACAGGGCGAGUGGAAAGGGAAAAAAAGGUGCGGUAACGUGUUCGCGCAGAGAGCUGCUUCGGUUUCUGAGAUCAACGGAUCCCCGCCUCUCUCGACCGGCGUAUAUCGCAUUCAACAAGGGGUUUAUACAUAUGGACGGGCAGCAAAAGGAAGAGCUAGGCGGGGAUACAGACGAGGGGGGCGGGUUUCCUGGUUCCUCUGCUGCCGCUGCUGCUGCUGGUGGUGAUGGUAAUGGUAAUGGUGCUGGUGUCGGUGAUGGUGCUAGUGCUGGUGCUGGUGCUGGUGCUGGUGCUGGUGCUGGUGCUAGUGCUGGUGCUGGUGCUGGUGCUGGUGCUGGUGCUGGUGCUGGUGCUGGUGCUGGUGCUGGUGCUGACAGAAGUGGGUCUAGGGGCGCAGGGAGGGUUGUCGAGGAUGCCAGUGCACGUUCGGAUAGGGUGCAUGAGGAGGGUGGAGGACCGGCGGGUGGGAGUGGCGAGGGGAGUGCAGGUGGUGCUGUUGCUGCGCAGGCGAGCCGUUUAGAUUCGGACGGGGCGUUGGGAAGCGGAGGAGCUGGGGGGAUUGGGGGAGGAGGAGGAGGGGGCGGGGAUGGGGAUGGGAGGACAGUGGGCAAGAGCAGCAGGAGGAGUGGCGGUGGCAGCAGCAGCAGCAGCAGCAGCCACAGGAAUGGGGGAAGCAGCUGGGGACGACAAUUGGGGAAGGUGGAGGAGGAACCAGAAGAGGAGGAAGCAGCAGAGGUGGAGCAAGGGAGUGGAGGGGAGGAAGGGGAAAAAGGGGAGGACGGGGAGAAUGGUGGGGAUGGGGAUAGGACGGAGGUGGGGGGAGAGGGAGGCGGUGUUGCAGAGUGCGGGGAUGGAUUGGUGGAGCGGACGUCCAGAAGUAGUGGUGGAGGAGGAGGAGGGCGAGUGGGUGCUGAGCGGGUGUGUGAUGGAAAUGCGUCUGCUGGCUUGGGUGGUAGUGCUGCUGCUGAUGUUCCUGCUACGGCUGCUUCUGCCCCUCCUACCACAGUUGCUGCUGCUGCUGCUGCUGCUGCUGUUGAACGUGGUGCCUAA